AUGCCGGUGUGCUGUGUGCGUGUAGAUGGCAGCAAGAAGACGCGCAGCUUCGUGGGAGCUACGCGGGGAUCGGCGCACGCGCUGACGUUGACGACCUUCUUGACGGACGCGGCGCACCUGCACUAUGCCGUGCUACCUGCGGGCCAAUCGGCGCUUGAUGCUGAGGGGAUCAAGACUGCAGCGGCGCAGUGCCGCGUUGAUGCUUCUGAGAGUGAUGGCAAACUGCCUGGAGGCGACACAGCGGUGACGCGACGCUGGCCAGGGACAAGCAAUGCGGUGCAAAAGGCUCAGAGCACAGCCGCUGUGGCUGCGGAGACGGUGACUGUGCCCAAGGCGCAGAAGGUGUGCACCCCGGGCAAUGGACAAGUUCGGAGUGAGGUGAGCCGCCAUCCAAGUUAUGUCCGCACCCAUGCGCUCGCGCCUGAAGUAGCCACAUUAAAUGCUGCCACGACUACAGCAGGGACGGGAGCGACGCGCAGUACUGACGACAUCAGUGCGCUGAAGAAUACCACAAUACGCGGAGUGUUUCCCACGCAGAACUUUUUCAGCAUGGAAGAGUUUCAUGCAGGUCUCAAGGCAACUCACCACGCCAACAUCACGGGACUCCAGAGCGGAACAUUGUACAAAGUGAAGUUACGCGCUGAGACUGCGGGUAGCAACGGCCUGUUCGGUCUUCGCGAGCUCACAGCGCAGGCGAAAACCCACGAGGAGGCGCCUUCAAUUGUUGCUGCCACCGUCCAAGCCACGAACAAAAGUGUGAACUCUCUGACACUUACAGUGGACUUGGCACGCUCUCGAGGGAACAUUUACUACGUCUUAACUGGUAAAAGUGGGUCCAGUGGCAACCUCCGCAGUGUGUUCCAGCAAGCUACGAGUGUGGAGAACCUCCGUCAUCUGCUCCAUGAACGAUUUCCACGAGAAUUUAGUGAAGAUGACGUUGUGACUGGUGUUCUCAAGUUCUCAUCGGAGGAAACUGUCAGCACAAGCACCCCAACUCCAGAUCCAAACCCAAGAUCAAGACCAAGCGCAGGUGCGAGACCGGGAAAUGCUCCAGAGGAGAGUUCUGAAGAAGCGUUUCGACAGGAAUUUGAGAUCACGGGCCUCACGGACGCAACGUCGUAUUCAAUUGCGCUGCUACCGGAGACAACGAAGAGCUUCGGACUAUUCGGACGCGCGCAUCGCAAUCUGCUGGAAGCUACUACGAACGAGAACGCCUCGGACGUUGAACUUCGCUCAAUGAGGCCAGGCCACGGCAAUAUUUCUGCCAUUGAGCUCGAAGUCAGCAUGACCAAGCCGCAAGACGUGCUGUUUCUGUGUCUACAGCCAGUUACAAUUACCUUCGAGGCGGCUAAAGACGCUGAUGGCAUGAGUUCGGACUCUUGCCGUGAAGUGGAGAACAGGGAGAACUUCGAGCUAUCCAGAGGCGCUUCAAACCUUUUCACCUUUACGGUGGGGAAUCUCAGUGAGGACACGGAAUAUCGCGUUAGUCUUUACGCUGAGAAUGUCCGCCGCAAUGGCGUCCUCAGCGAGCGCAGUGAAGAGCUCACCGUGCGAACACACAAGAGCGCACCACACAUCGUCGAGACUUCCGCGCAACCGACUGCUGCUAGUACGUCGCAAGUCGAAGCUCAAGUGACUGUGGAGCCGGAUUCCUCCUGCAUCGUGCACUAUGUUGUCCGUGAGGCACAAGAUGCAAUCGACACUGAGGAACGCAAGCCUGUGGAAGCUGCAACAAUUGUGCAGCACUCGUCCGAAAGCACUACAGACAGUCGUCCUCACUUCCAGCAUCGCUUACCGUCAUCGUCUUCUCCGUCUUUCGUUAGUGGUGGGAACGUAUUUUCUGCUGAUACUGAGGUGCAAACGAACUUCGUUGUAGAAGGACUGAGUGCCAACACAACCUACGAGCUGUUCGUCGUCACGGAGACCAGUCGCGAUGGGAACAGCAGCGGCGUGUUUGGAGAACCUGCUGUCUUCAACGUCACCACUCACGCUGUCGCCCCCAAGAUCGUGCUUGCGACUGUGGAUCCGGUGCCAGGAAGCACCGACAGUGUCAUCAUCUCGGCGAAUCUCUCACACCCUGGUAUGCUGCACUACUUCCUGAGCGACGUGGACUUUGCAGACCCUGCGAUCAUCAGUCACAGCGGUGAGAAACACACGCCGCACCAGCUACGGGGCCAACUCCAGGUGCUUGAAGAGCACAUUUUGAUGGAGAUUAUCAAUGGAACGAACGACACGCGACCGACAGAGCCCCUUACGUUCGUGCACAAUACGACGGUGGGUGGGCUCAAGUCAGGCCGAACGUAUCACGUGUCGCUCACAACGGAGACGUACGGCAGCGAUGGAGUAUUUGGCGAGUUUCCGCCCCCAAUCCUCGUGAACACGCACCUCGGUCCUCCUGUGAUCAUCCCAGAGACGCUGUCGGUGCACGCAGUGGGUGGGUCGAGUUCCGCGUUGGCUAUCGACUUCCAGUUGGAUCGAUUUGGAGACGUUCACUACGCGCUGUUCUUCCGCGGCCUUGUGCCGGAUAGAAGCCGCCAAUUCGAAGAAGACCACAAGGCUGAAGUUAAACCUUCAGCUGCAGCAGAGGACAAGAAAGAUGGAGAAAACGAGACCAUCGCGAUUUGGCCGCCGCUAGAGAGCACGUUCGACCUUACGGAGCUGACCGGGCCGAUGCUCAAGGCUGCAGAGCUCGAAGAUCUGGGCGUGGGUGUAUGGGUGAAUGACACCAUAUCCGUCUCCCGAGACGACGUGACCCGUGGCAAGCUUACCCACAAGAAGAUCGACAAGCUCCCAGCCAACGCAUUGUUUGACCUAUGCCUCGUAAGUGAGACUGCUGCUAGCGGGGGCAUUUUGGGGUGGCCCUUGGAUGGAAGUGCGAGUGCAUGCCACCGCAUCGCGACUCAUGCGGACUACACGAACCAAUCGAAGCUGUUUGACGAGAUUUCCGUGCACGCUUUGAGUGGCCGAACUGACGCGGUGCGCAUCAACUUGAAUGUCUCCAAGCUUCUCAAUGCCCCGCAGACAACGGAUACUGACGACGGAGACAUCAUGGAUCGAUUCGCCCGGGCAGCGGGUAGAGUACCCUACUUUGUUCUCCUUGAUGCAAAGUCAAAGUCUGGGCGUGACGUCGGGAUUUUCUCAUCGCAUCGGGGUGAGGUCACUAACGCCUUCAAGGAGGCAUCCCCGGGUCGUGGUGACGGAGUUGUUGCUGCUGGAAUGCUGGCGAAUAUCGCGGCUGAGAAUGCCACUGCACUCCGGAUUGAGCAGGACGUCUUUGGACUGGAUGCCAACCACGAGUACCUGCUGUUCUUCGCUUACGAAACUAGCGACAGCGAUGGCGUGUUCACGCGCGUGAACCCGCACAAGCACCGAAGCAACGACUCGCGUUUUGAGAACGACGGCAUUCCCGUGACGACAUACGAGGCGGCUCCUCGAAUCCUCAAGGCGAAGGCGCAGCCCAGCUUCGGCCACACUACGCAAGUUACGGUCAAGCUCGACAUCGCCUGUGAUUCGUGCGAGAGCGCGAUUGUCCACUUGUUGGUUUUCCCUGACGACUGCAAGCUCCCGCGCUCUGUGGAUGACACGCUUCGACUGGACCACCUCUCUGCAUCGGAAACCAACACGACGGUCAGUACGCCUCCAGGCAACGAAGAGAAUGGAGAUCAGUGCAAGAUCCCGCUAGUCCAGAAGCGCGUGGAGUUUGAGAUGCCCGAGCGUCAGCACAGCCGCAACGGCUUGGAAGAAGAACUCGGAGGUGACCAAGUGCUCUCCCCCACCACCAGCUACGUCGUGUUGCUUGCGGCUGAAACUGUGGACUCGCAAGGCGUGCUGAGCGAGAAGUUCGAGGAGCCAUUGCGUGUCCGAACUCACGCUCCAGCGCCAAGUUUUACAGAGAUUCGCUUGGAACCUCGCAUAGGGUCGACGACGGAGUUGCUACUGAAAUUUGCGCUGGAUCGUCCUGGAGAAGUCCACUACAUGCUCGGCGUGUCGGACAACGCCGAGUUCAAUGUAACGUCACCACACAACAUCAGCAGCAAAGGCACGGCGAAAGGAGAUCGCCAUGGACACGCCCGAGACGUCCACACUUACCGCCAAGAGGUUGUGCGAACGCGACGUAGUGUGACCUAUUCGGACGGAGAGCAUGUAGAGCUGCUGGACUACUUGCUGCCAGGCACGAGCUACAGCCUCUUCAUUGUAUCGGAGGACCUACCGGCAGACCACGGCGUCUACGGCUCGAUUCACGAGGUGAAGGACGUGUCGACAUUCGCCAACGCUCCGAUCCUGCUGGCUCACACGGCGUACCCGACUCCAGGGACCACCAAGACGCUCACGGUGGACUUUCGGAUGAAUGCUCCGGGCAUUGUGUACUUCUCCGUCGUUGCUGUCAAAGUCUGGGGUCUCACACAUCACGUGGCGAAAGGCAGUGACCGCUAUGGGAACCGCUUGGCGCUGCAAGAUGAGCUCGUGGCUCAGAAGAACUUGGAUGUGGACAAAGAGAGCAUGGAGCUUGAGAGCGACAGCGGGUGGAGAGAGCAGAUACUAGAAGUCCCGCAGACCGGAAUGAACUACACGGUGCACAUCGUAACGGAGACGAAGGGCAGUGGAGGCAUCUACGGCACCGUAGCCACCCACGCCAGCGUCCGCGCUCACUCCGAUGCUCCGGAGUUGGCGAACGUGUCGGUGAACCCGACGGACGCCCGUGUAGAUGCACUGACCGUCAAUGUCACGCUCAGUGACCGGGGCCACGUGCACUACAUCGCACUACCCAGUGGACGUGGAUCGACACCUCCGUCCGAUGACUUCUCAGAUGAGUCGGCGGGGCUGAGUGUGCUUGCUAGCGGUAGUGUGGACGUCAAUGAGACUGCAGGCAGCGCCCAGGAGACCAGUUUCAGGAUCACGGGGCUCAAUGAGGGAACGAAGUACGACUUGUACUUCCGCGCGGAGACGUUCGAGAGCUUUGGCGUGUUUGGAGCGUGGACGCAACAGGCUGUGACAACUCGUACUCAUGGUCUUCCUCCAGAUGUGCUCCCUGAGGCGGUUGAGUGCAAAGUUACGCCUUCGUGCGAACACCGUGGGCGCGAGACGUGCUCGCGCAAGGCCAACACGUGCGGCAAAUGCCUUGACGGCUACACAGCGACUAGCGAUGAUGAGACGUUGGAGACCAAUGAGCCAUGCGUGAAGCUGGAGCCUGCGACCGAAGAUAAACGUGGCCCGACCAUCAAAAUCAACGGGAUCAAGCGCAAUCCAAACUUGCACUUGUCCGAGGUUGAGCCCGAGCACAGGGAGGAGCAGGAGCAGGGGCCUCUGUAUUCCGCGCCCGAAGAGGAGCUGCCUGCCCCAGCGCAACAACAGUUCGAGCAAGAACUAGUACAACAAGACGCAAUGGGACCGAUACCCGAAGACGUUGAGGUGAUGCAGGAACCUGUACAGGAACCGACGCCGGACGCGGCAAAUGUGCAGGAGAUUGCAGCGGAGGAGCUCUCGGAGCCGGCGGACAUGGUGCAAGAACAACCGUAUGUCGGACAAGAGCAAGAAACAGCGGCCAUGCCUGAUCAACUCGUCGUCGACGUAGGCAUUGACGCCCUUGGCCAGCCUGAAGUCACACCCGAACAUGAACCAAUGCCGGAGUCUCAAGAGCCCACGGGAGGGUGCCCACUGAACGCGCAAGCCACCGCUUCGGGUCUUUGUGAGUGCAUCCCAGGGUACGAAGUCGACGAAGGCGGCACCAAUUGCGUCCUCUCGCGGAUGGCCACCGCCUCUGAAGCUGCAGCCACGGCUACGUCGGAUGCGUUCGACGCCAUGAACCCCCACCACCCGAUUCCUGGCCGCAGCUCCCCCUAA